GCCGUGCAGAUCACCAACGCUUUCCUUCGCAGCCCUCCACGCUAGACUUUCUUUCGCCUGCUUUGUGUUCUCUUUUUUCUUCUCUCUCUUUUGUCAUCGCCUCCACGAACGCGAUGUCCUCUCAGGCUGCGGCUCCGCCUCAGCAGGCGGCACAGCAGCAGUUCCCCACGCCCAGCGGCGGUGACGCGAUGUACGCCGGCCAGUACGGCAUGCCAAAUCAGCUCUCCCCUGCGGACCUUUUGAUCGACAUGGUCAUCCGCGCCGUCCUGGACCUUGUCCAGCGCUCCCUCGUGGCCCCCAUCGAUCGAGUGAUGGUGCUGACAGCGGUGGAGGGCGAGUUGGUCCGCCAGGGCCGUCUGCCCGCCGGCGGCUUCCGUGGCAUCCGUCGGCUCUAUCAGCGCCUGUGGAGGAAGGAGGGUAAAUACGGCCUGCUGCGCGGUGUGAUGGCAGACGCCGUCCUGACGCUGCCCAGCGGCCUCGUCGACAGCAUCGCGACCAACGCCGUCUUUGUGUGUCUGCAGCGGGUUAUUCCGAAGAGCAUGGCGGAGCAGAUGAGCACCCCCGUCGUCGUGGCCCUCUCCCUCGCGGCGACGAGUGCGGCGGUGUGGGUGGCGACGCCGUACAAUGCGAUUCGUAAGACGAUCAUGACGAACUACAUGGCCGACAUCGUCGCCCCGGUGGCGGUGGCGGCGAAGACGCAGAUGCCGCCAGCGGAGGAAGAGGAGGAGGGGGACAACAAUAGGAAGCCGCGGCCGGAGGCGGCGGAGGGAGAUGCCGGCGAAGCCGAAGAGGAGGCGUACCGCUACGCGACCGCGUCGGAGACGGCGCGACAGAUAUAUCGCCGCAAAGGGUGGGGUGGUUUCUACCGCGGUGCUGCGGUGGAGCCGGUGACGGUGUGCGCCUACCGCGGGCUCUACCUCGUCGCGUCCGUCCUCGUGAGCGAGCGGCUGCAGAUGUCGUACCCCUACGCGGUGGCACGUGGACUCGCGAUUGUAGCGGAUGUGAUCACGCAGCCGCUGGAGGUGGUUAGCCGCCGUCUUGUGCUGACCGCCUCGGACGACGAUGACGGCCGUCGCUACGGCGGCGUCGUGGACUGCGCUCGUACGAUCGUGAGGGAGGAGGGCGUGACGGCGCUGUGGUCGGGGCUGCGCUUCCGGCUGAUGGUCAGCGGGGCCAGCAUUGCCGUUCGCUGGGCCUACAUCGCCGGCUUUGGCGGGACGGACUAA